AUGGCAAAAUGGAUCGGUGGUAUGAAAAAGUACAGACUUUUGUAUAAGGCUUCUGAAGAUGGGUGUACUUCAAGAGCUUUCCACAAUAGAUGUAACAAUAAAGGCCCAACUGUAACAAUUCUUUAUUAUAACGACAAUUUUAUAUAUGGUGGAUACACUUCAGUCAGUUGGAAAAGUCUUGGGGACUUUCAAACGGACACUGAAUCGUUCCUCUUCAGACUUUAUCAAAAUUGCACAUGGAAACCGGUAAAAAUGCCAGUUUCUAAUUAUCGCAAUAGCAUAUACGAUCAUGCCGACUAUGGACCUACAUUCGGUGAUAUAGAUUUGCAAACCUUUUCUGGCACAAUUAACUUUGAUGGUACAACCUUCAAUUUGAAUGGAAAAAACAAUUUUGGAUCAUCAUACACAAUGAAUGACGAAAAUUAUAAGUCUAUUGCCAAUGGCAAUAUGAGAGUAAAAGAUAUAGAAGUGUAUCUAGUUGAGGAGGAGCCAUGGAGAAAGACACCUGAAUGGAACUCAAAGUUGCUGGUUGAGCUGAAGGAAAAAAUAGAAAAAUACACACCUUUACCGGGUUUAAAAAUUCCUCAAGCACGCAUUUUAUUGGUGGGACAAGUAGGCUCCGGAAAGUCGAGUUUCUUCAACACUAUUAACUCAAUAUUUAGAGGCUAUAUAACAAGCCAAGCAUGUAGUGGUAAUGCUGAGCAUAGCCUUACAACUGUGUAUAGGAUGUACCAAAUCAGAAAAGGAGUAAGGGGUAAGCCUAUGAAUUUUCGACUACAUGAUACGAGAGGAAUCGAAGCUGAUCAAGGAGUAGAUGCGAAUGAAAUUUGUUAUUUACUUGAUGGCAAUAUACAAGAUGGUUACAAGUUCAAUCCAUCAGUUCCAGUUUCAACGGAUACAUUAGGAUUUGUAGAGAGUGCACACAUCAGUGAAACAAUCCACUGUGUUGUGAUAGUAUUAGAUGGCAGCACUAUUGACGUUAUGGCAGAAAAAGUCGCCGAAAGGCUAAAGAAAUUACAGAUGCGUAUGAACCAAAGAGGCAUUCCGCAAGUGGUUUUACUAACAAAGAUAGACAAAGUUUGUCAAAGAACAGAGGAAAAUUUAUCAAAUGUAUUUCACAGUCCUUUGGUCCAGGAAACGGUCGACAGAGUUUCGCAGAUAAUGGGAUUACUGAGGUCACAUAUCCUACCAGUAAAAAAUUAUGAAUCUGAGAUGGAACUUAAUGAUAAUGUGAACAUCCUGGCUUUAAUGUCUUUGCAGCAAAUACUUCAUUUUGCGGAUGACUACAUGUAUAACCACCUCAAUAAACAUAAAGAAGGCAUAAAAUUUGUUUGA